AAGGGGACCGCAUUAUUAACUUGUAUCAUCAACUGAAGCUUUGAUCUAUUGGAGCUUCACUUGCAAAAUAAUCUCUGCUUUUUCCUUGAGUCGCUUAUUUCCUUUUAUUAGAGUUCGAAACAAGAUCAUGGCUGCUGAACAGGGAGAACCAAUUCUAUCAGCUUCUUUUAAAGUGCUGUUCGACAAAUUGGAUAGCCCAAUUAUUAAAGAUUCCUCACCCAAUUGGGGAAUUGAUGCAGAUCUCGAAAAACUAGAGGAAACGUUGCUGAUGAUCGAGACUGUGCUGGUGGAUGCCGAACAACAGAUAAACAAGAAGACACAACAGAGGAAAAAGGAGGCACUGAAGAAAUGGUUAAAUGAACUCAACCAUCUGGUUUAUGAUACUGAAGACAUAUUGGAUGAGUAUGCAAUCUAUGUCGAACAAUACCAGGUAUGUUUCUCCAUCCCCUCUGAAAUCAAACAUCAAAUAGAAUCUGGGGUAAAGAAUAUCAACGAAAGGCUGGAGAAACUUAAAAAUAUAAUGACCAUAUUAGGUCUGAAAGUGGUCCACGUAGAAGGGAGGAUGAUUAACGAAAUGGUAAGAAGGCCACGAACAAGCUCCCUUUUGGACGAAUCUUGCUUUUAUGGUCGAGAGACUGAUAAAGCUAAGAUAAUUGCUAGGCUGUUGAUGGUGGAUGGUAUUGAUAAUGAAAAGAAUUUUGAAGUGCUUCCCAUAGUUGGUAUGGGUGGGCUAGGUAAAACUACGCUUGCUCAGUCUAUAUUCAAUGAUGAGAACGUAGAGAAACAUUUUAAGCUCAGAGCGUGGGUUUGUGUGUCUGAAGAAGUUGAUACUGUCAAGAUAACAAAGGCUAUUCUUGAAUCUGCUACUAGGGAUGCAGUGUCACUCAGCGACCUUGAUCCACUCCAAUGUCUACUUAAGGACACACUGAAUAAGAAAAGAUUUUUAAUUGUUCUGGAUGAUGUUUGGAACGAAGACCCGCAUGCCUGGGAUAUCUUACGAGUUCCUUUCACAAAUGGGGAAAAAGGAAGUAGAAUUAUAGUAACAACACGAAGUGAAAGAGUUUCAUCAAUCAUGGGUACUCUUCCUGUUCACCGUCUCAAUGGCUUGGAAAAUGAGUUUUGUUGGUCAAUAUUUAGGAAGUCUGCGUUUCUAAAUGAUAUCACCUUGAAUGCACAUCCAAAUCUAAAAGAAAUCGGGAAGAAAAUUGUAAACAAAUGCAAAGGUGUGCCUCUUGCAGUAAAGUCACUUGGAGGCCUCUUGCAUUCUAAAAUUGAAGAGGGGGAGUGGGAAUAUGUUUUGACGAGUGAAAUAUGGGAAUUGGAUAAAGAUGGUAUAAUGCCAGCCCUGAGGUUGAGCUAUCUACAUCUCCCACCGCAUCUAAAGCGGUGUUUUGCUUAUUGUUCUAUCUUCCCCAAAGACUACCUGUUUAAAAAGGAGGAAUUGGUUUUGUUGUGGAUGGGGGAAGGAUUUAUACAUCCUAUGCGAAAUAGACAAAUGGAAGACAUAGGAAGGGAGUAUUUUGAUGAGCUAUGUUUCAGGUCAUUUUUUCAUCAAUUUCAUGAGAGAUCAUACUUCAAUGAAAAACUGACGUUUGUGAUGCAUGACAUGAUUCACGAUUUAGCACAAUUUAUUUCCAAGGAUGUAUGUUUUAGAAUAGAAGAACCACAUGAUGAGAAUGAUGAUAAGUUGUGGAAUAUUCCUAAUCUUAUGAAGGCUCGUCAUUUGUCAAUAUUUUCUGAAAGCAAGUAUUAUAAGCAUGAAAAAUUAUUUGAUGCCUUGUACAAAGUUAAGAGUUCACGCACAUUUCUGCUAGGUGGACUGUCGAGUGUGGAGAAGUUAGAAGUAUCAUCAGGGAAAUCUAUUGUGAGGAUCCCACACUUACUAGAAAAGCUUGACAUUUUAUUUGAAACAUGGAGAUUCUUGCGUGUGUUGUGCUUGCGCAAUCUUUCUAUCAAAAAGUUGCCAGAUUCAAUUGGUAACUUAAAACUGCUAAGGUUCUUGGACCUCUCCUACACUAAAAUUGGAAGGUUACCUCAAUCAGUUUGUAGCCUCUACCAUUUACAAAUAUUGCUACUUGAGGGCUUGGAUUAUAUUAAGGAAUUGCCUGAAAACAUCAGCAGCAGCCUUGACAAUCAACUUGUUGACAUUCAAAUUGUCAAAAUCAAUACCUAUAGAUACAGAGUUGCACCUGGAAAUGGAAGAAAGAACGGAGUUGAAGAAUUGAAGUUGCGUUGCAGGUGCAUCAGGGCAGAAAACAUUAUCAUUUCAGGAUUAGAGAAUGUUGUUGUAAAUGUCAAUAAAGAUGAUGUUAAUUUCAAGAACUAUCAAGAUCCCCAGAUGUUAACAUUAGUAUGGGAUAAUGUUUUCAGGGGAAUGGGAGAGAGAUCUAUGGCUGAGAAAAUAAUAGAGUGUAUCAAACCAGCAAAUAUGAAGUUAAGGGAACUCACUAUCAAGGGGUAUUAUGGUGAAAGAUUCCCUAAUUGGAUGGCAGAGAUGUCCAAUUUAUGGAAAUUAGAACUGGACAGAUGUAGAUGCAACUUCCUUCCUCCUCUUAGAAAAUUACGCUUUCUCAGAAUAAGUGGAAUGGACAUCUGUGAAGGAGAAUGGUGCUCAGGAGGAGGAAUAGAAAUCCACCAGGUGAAAGAUAAAGAAGUGUUAUUCCCCUGCCUUCAGUUUUUCAAUAUUUCCUCCUGUCCCAAGCUCAAGGGGCUCCCUUUCUACCGGUAUCCUGCUUUGAAAACCUUAAGCAUAAUGAAUUGCAAGGAAUUGACAACAAUUUUUACAAGCCCUCAAAUUUCAUCCUCAUCAGCAUUUGCCCAAGGACAACAGCUUCCUAAUUUAAAUAGGCUUAGUAUAUACAAGUGCCCCAAGCUUAGAGCAUUGGCAGCGCUCACUCCCUUCCCUUCUUUGGAAAGCUUAGAAAUAGCAGUAUGUGAGGAACUUGAAUCCCUACCUGAACAAAUGUACAACUUCACUUCUCUUUAUUACUUGAAGAUCUAUAAAUGUCCCCGCUUGAUGACCUUUCCAAAUGAGGGGUUGCCUACUAACAAGCUAAAAUAACUAGAGAUCAGUGGAUGUGGUGAGACAAGGAACGAAAUACUGCCCAAGAGUGUUGGUCUACACAAACUUACUUCUCUUCAAUCAUUGAUUAUUAGCAAUUGUUCUGGUCUCAAGUCCUUACCAGAGGAGGAGGAAUGGCAGCUGCCUACAAGUCUUACACAUCUAGAGCUCAUCAAUUUUCAGAGUCUAGAAUUCCUACCACCCAUGUGGCUCAGUGGACUCACUUCUCUUACAAAACUUGUAAUUCACCGUGUUCCCAGGCUUGCUUCCUUGCCGGAAGGGGGAAUCCCCUCCCAAAUUAAGUUUUUGUUUAUCUCUAACUCUCCUCUUCUACAAGAAUCGUGCGAAAAGAAUGUAGGGAGAGAUUGGCCCAAGAUAGCUCACAUCCCAUCUAUAAAGAUUUUCUGAGAUCAGUUUUCUAGUGAUUGCUACAAGUUUGUGAAGCCAAUGUAAAUAGCAGUUGCUUCUGCUAGGAGAGAGUUUCCUUUCUCUCUUCGGUGCAAUAAUGAAGAAAAGAUCAGCCAAUUUGUUGUCAAGCAGAAGUAGUCAGUUUCGUAGGGAUCAUGGUUCACUGGUUAGCUUAUUCAAUGAUUCAAGCACCUCAUAUCAAAUCAAAAGGGAUACUCACACAUUUGCCGUCGACCUCUUUGCAAUCAUGUGACAACAUCGGCGCCGGCGGUCUUCUAUAUCAGAGCCUUCUUAAAAAGAACCCUUUAUUGUCUUGGUCACAGUUGCUAAAUGCAAGAUGGGGCUUCGCAGUGUCAACUUCUGAACUUGAUAGUUGUUGCAGAACAGGGGAGUCCCGAUGAUAACAUUGAAGCAACUGACGAUGAACAUUUUCUUCUGGUUUGUUGUAUCUUCUUUCCAAUCUCCAGAAUCAGCGGAUGUGGUGAGAAGAAGAGGAAAAUCCUUCCCAAGAGUGUUGGCCUAACAAAUUAAAAAGGAUCUAUCCAUAAGGUUUAGGUUUACAUUUCUGGUAAUUACGGAAGGCAUGUUUCGAACUCUUGAGGCUGGAUACAAAAACAUGGAUUUUGAUAACAAUAUGAUGGGUGGCAAUCUUUGCAGGACCAUAAUUCAUUUAUUUUCUGAUUAGACCGUUCAGCAUUUUUCAAGCGUUAGAUGCCCACAUCUCUGCAAGCUUGUGAUAGCAUCAGCACCACCAGCCUAGCGAAACGAGGGAUGGGAAGUGAUUUCUUGUAAAUCCUCUCAUGUACAUUCCCUCUUUUGGAUUGAAAUGAAUCCUGUUAUCCUCUCUUCAAAAACUUCGGCAGUGAUCCAAAAACAUGGGAGUCUCUUCGACCGGCACCAAAGCCGCAAUUAAGUUGUCCUUUUUGCCUUCGUAAUUCUGAUUGUCUGUUUUCUUUUCUGUCUUUUUGUAUUUUUGAGAAAGCAAAAUAUAGAAGUUAAAUGGAUUGUGUUUUGUUACUAUAUAUUGAC